AUGUCCGACAAUUACCCAGUAGUGGACGGUGAAUUGUUUCCUGUAAAUCCAAUACUUUCUCUAGAGGACCCUACUUCUGCCGUAGCUAUAUUCUUUCGUUCUCUGGACAUGAUUGCUGGCACAACGUCCAACGAAGGCUCGAUAUUAGUCGUUACUUUAUUUCCACAAAUUCAGGAGCGAUUUAAUUUUUCACUGACUGAAGGUAUACCACACAGAGUGGCUUAUGAAGAAGUUAUAGCCGAAUGUGUCAAAACAUAUCUUAAACAAAAUGAGGAAGUAAAACGUCAGUUGUGUGACUUUUACUUUGUAGCAAACUCUCCAAAAGAACAAAGCCUUCUUGCUACACAUCUAUAUGCAGAUAUCAUGUUUGUUUACCCAACAAUAAUGAUGUUGGAAUUGCAUUCUAUGUAUGGAGCGACGACAUAUCAUUAUCAAUUUUCCAUGCCAAGUCCAGAACCGUGGGUUGGACCUUUCCCGUCUUGGUUCAAUGGUAGUGGCCAUGGAGACGAACUAAUUUACAUGUUCAGACCUGAAGCUGUAUCCACCGACGGUAUGAAACUGUCAAGAAAUAUCAUCCAGUAUUGGACAUCAUUUGCAAGAACCGGGUCACCAAAAGAAUACAAGGAUUCUGUAGCAUGGAUUCCAUUCGAUGUAAAAGAGAGAGAAUAUCUAGAUUUAAGGAUUUAUGUUCCUGAUUUGCAGUUACGGGUUAACAAUGUUCUAUUAUCUUCGCACAAAGUGAUAGGUUACCUAUUUCUAGGGAGAUCGUGA